AUGAAUAAUAAUAAUAAUAAUAAUAAUAAUUCUCAAAUCAUAAAACAAUUAUAUACAUUAUUAAUUGAGGAGAAUACAGAGAUAGAGAAGGAAGAAGAGGAAAAAGAAAAAGAAGAAACUAUUAUUAAUUGCAACAAAUACAAAAGUUAUUUCUGUAGAGGCGAUACAGGUCAAGUUGAAAUCAUAAUAUCAGUAAAAGAAUUUGGGUAUCUUGAGUUUCCAUUUAAAGUUCAUAAACUAAAAGAGUUGGUAUCAAAGUAUGAAGUUUCAACUGAAAAAAAUCAAAUCAACAUAUGGGAAUUACCACUAGAUAAAGUAGGUUUUGAAAGUAAACCGUGGUCAGCAAUACUAGAGUCAAUAAUAAACAACUGUAAAGAAAGAAUGGGAAUUGAAGAAGAAAAGAUCAGCACGAAAUUGGAUAAAUUUAUGGUUUUCAACAAAGGAGGCUCUUUAUCACAUACAAAAGUUUCAUCUCAAGAAAAUAAAAAAACAAAUAUUAUUGGUACUUUAAUUUUGGUAUUGCCUAGUUUCCAUCAAGGUGGUGAAUUGAUAGUCAAAUGUGGUGAUGAUGAGGCAAUGAUAGAUUUAGAAAAUUAUGAACCGUCAAAUAUUUAUUACACUGCUUUUUUAAAUGACUGCGAGUAUGAAAUCAAACCGAUCGAGAGCGGGGUCCGACUAUGUCUUGUUUAUAAUCUAAUUAAAGAUUCAGGUAAAAGGUUGCCAAGCUCUAGCCCAAGUUCUAUUAUUCCAGCAAAAAAAAAUAAAAUCGAAUUGAUUCCUAUAACUCAACAAGAUAAUUUAUAUGUACAGCUUCAAAAUUUUUUCAAGAUAAAUAAUAAAUUUGUAUAUAUAUUAAAUCAAAGCUAUAAAUCAUUUGAGGAUUUUGAAGGUCAAGAUAAAUUAGUGUUAACCAAGUUACUAUCAAUUGAAAAAUUAUGUGCAGCAUCAACAUAUCUAGCAAGACUAUGCCUCAUUAAGUCUAAGGGUUUUUUAAGUGCUUUUAUUAAAGAGAAAAAAGAGGAACUAAAUUUAAGUCUAGAAAUAGAGGAAGAAGCAAUUGUAACAAAUAAAAAUAUUAAAGAUUCGUUUUACCCUGUAUUGGUGUUUGGGAAGCAAGAAAUUUUUUUCAGCAAAUUUCCCUUUGAUGAAAUACCAAAGUUAAUAUUGUACCAUUUAGAAUCAGAUAAUAAUAAUAAUAUUCCAACAGAUACCGAAGAGGCAGCAGCAUUUAUAAAUCAAGUAUAUUUUCAUGAUGAUCGAUAUGUGGCGGCUCCUUACCUUGACAAGACAAUCGAAUAUGCUAUUGACAAAUAUUUACCAAGCAAAGGAAAAGAAUUAAAAAGAUCUGCUAUUAGAUUGGUUUUACCAAAUUGUAAAUUUGUAGGCUUUUUUUUAAAUUUACAAAUGAAUUCAGAAUAUUUUAUAAAAGAAGAGAUAUGUAUUAUUGUCAAGAUAUCAAUAUCGUCGCAACAAUUAAGAGAUGAAAUUUUGGAGAAUCUUACGGUGCUAUUAAAUUAUUUCCCAAAAGAUCAAUUAUGGGAGCAAAUAAGCGCUUAUGAAAAUGAUUUUAUAAAUCAUAUGGCAUCUAUAUCGGAGCAUUACCUCGAAAACAUGGUCAGCUUUGUUAAAGCUUCACCAACAGUAUAUAUGGCAAACUUUACAAAUUUUCUAAAUGGUUUCAAAAUUUUAAAAGAUAAAAAAAAAUCAAAUAGAGAAAUAUUUUCAACAUUAGUCUGUUCAAUUCCUCACAGCGAAGACCUAUUUGUACCAUAUAUAAAGAAAACGACGAUUGGUGACAUUUUCGAAUUUAUUAUAAAGGGUUAUGAAUUUUCAAAUAGUUUGGUUAGCAAGUCAUAUAUAAAAGAGUUUAUUUUGCAUAAUCAACAGUUUUUCGUUCCAAUGAUAGAAUUACAAGGUCCAAAUAAAAUUAAAAGUAACAUUGUAAAUAUCAAAAUUUUUUUACCAACCUUAUACAAAGUUUACCCAGCAUUCAUAGAAACAAUAUAUAAAGAUAAUAUCAAUCAUUUGAUCCAAGAGACCAAAAAUAUGAGUUUCUUUACAGAUUCCAUUUCUAAAUAUAAAGAUAUCAAAAACCCAUAUUUUGCCGAAGUCGAAAAAUUUUACCGUAUUCCAAUUAAUUACAAUUUUGACGAGCAAGCAAAUUACUUUAAAUCAGUCCAAAUAGAACUACUCGAGACUAUGGCUCUAAAAGAUAUUUGCAAUAUGGGACCAUCAAAUUUAAAUAUCACAAUAGUAUUUUUUUAUAAAACUAUUUUGAAGCAUCUUCCAAGUGAAUCAUGUAAAUCACUUCAAUCAAAAUAUCUAUCAAAAUUAGCACACAUAUAUUCUCUUAAUAUAGUCCCAGUAAUUAAUGUAAUAAUUAAUAUUUUUCCAUCGAAAUUCGAUCCCGCUUUUAUAGAUUUCGUCUCACUAAAUAACUUUUUAGACUAUUUCCUCAAAUAUUAUAUGCAUCUAAUACGAAAUGAAGCCUCAAUCCCAAACUCAUUUCAAAAAUACAUAAAAAAAAUAAUGAAAAUAUCACCAUAUUAUUUUACCAAAAAUCAUUUGGAAGAUAUAUUUAUAUUUUUAUCAGAUAAAGGAAUUUCAAUGGUUUAA